AUGGCGGAGGCAUUUGUGGACACGGAAAUUGUCAUGCUCCCACCUCCAGGAGACAUCGUCGCACCUCAUGGUUUCCCAGCUAAGACACGACCGGAAGGAGCCCCUCAAGUAUUUCUAGACGCCAUGGACAUUCGCAUCGAAGUGUUCUGCCACGAGCAGAAGUGUGCUGUAGAACCCGAGUUGGAUGAGGACGAUCCAAGGUCCUGGCAUUGGGUCGCGUAUCAACAUGGUCGGCCCGUCUCUGUCAUUCGUAUCGUACCUCCGCCCCAUGAACCUCAUCCGAAUGGGUUUCAUGAUCCAUCUGAAGAGCCCUACGUCAAGCUUGGCCGUGUUGCAACCGUCGCCAGUGCCAGAGGCAAGGGUUUCAGUCGGAAGUUGACCGAAGCGGCUUUCCGGUAUCAUGCAGCGCAUAAGGAUGAGAUCGGUGCCGGCUGGAACGGCCUAGUGCUCACUCAUGCUCAAGUCCAAGUUGAAAAGAUGUAUGCCAAACUGGGGUUCACUACCGACGACAGGCUAGGCCGAUGGGAUGAAGUAGGCAUCGAGCACCUGGGCAUGUGGAAACGACUCGAUUGA